GUGACAAACAAAAUAUGACAAAUGACAAUGGUAAAGAGACAGUCAAAAAUAUAAAAAUAAAUAGAAUUUGUAAUUAAUUAAAGACAAAGAUACAUGACAUUAACUUGAGUACUCAUACAUUUGAAUCCAUUAUAAACAAGAGCUUCCGUACUUUCCGCAUAUUAUUUUGUCCAACAUAUAGUUUUAGUCAAAGUCGACAAAAUGUUGGAGGUUAUAAACGGAAUACUUUUGGUAUAUUUCGUUGUAUUGUGUACACUCAGUGUUUUAGUACCUCAAUUGGUGAAACCAAUCGCAGCAUGUUUUGCUCGACCAUCGAAUGAGGAGCGCUCAGUAUGGUCAGAAAUACUAAAACUUAAAGCGGAACAAAAAGGAAUCUCUAUGAAAGAUGAGUUUGCCGCUUAUUCCAAGCUGCAGCGGAAAAUAAAUAAGCUGGAGAGCCAAUUGAAAGAUGAUUCGCAAACGCGUAUUGGAAAGAACUUGGCGGUCAAAAGUACUGUACAGUUGGUCCUGCAGGUUGGUGUAGGUGUCACAACCUUGCUGUCGGUUAUAUGGUUCAGGCGGGAACCCAUCGUGGCCUUGAAAGGAGAUCUCUUUCCUCUAACAACUAUGCUAAGGUACCCCAGUGAUAUGCCCAAUGCAAUCUCCACUCAUGUCUGGGUGCUAAUCACAAAUGUUUCUAUCAGAACUCUCUUAAAACCUGUCAUUUCUUAAUUAAUUUAUUUAUGGUGUAUUUAUUUUUGUUGUUAUAAUAAAGGUUUUUAAUUUUUUA